AUGCGCCGCUCCGCCAGUGCACUCAGUGCGCCCUUCAAGUACUAUCGCCCGGCCCUCGCACGCCCUCGAGCCGUCCACCCGCCGUCCACCACGCGUUCGACCCCACACCGCCUCGUCGCACCUCUCCUCUACCGCUCGUUCGCCUCCCAGUCGCUCGCCACGCCCGAUCAAGACGACCCUGUUCCUGCCGACGUCCUCCCUCGAGCCGAGCAUGCCGUAAUCUCUGCGUUUGACCUGUUCUCGAUCGGUGUCGGCCCGUCGUCGAGCCACACGGUCGGGCCCAUGCGCGCCGCCAAGAUCUUUGUCGAGGACCUGCGCCGCUUCGGCAUCCUCGACAAGGUCGCCAAGCUCAAGAUUGGCCUGUACGGCUCGCUCGCCGCGACGGGCAAAGGCCACAUGACGCCCGAGGCCAUCAUGAUGGGCCUCGAGGGCGACGACCCCGAGACGAUCGAGACGACCACGAUCGACUCGCGGUACAAGGCCAUCCUCGAGACCGAGCACCUGCAGCUCAAUGGCACCCACGCCAUCUCGUACUCGCACGACCGCGACAUGCUGUGGACCAUGAAGCCGCUCCCGACCCACCCGAACGGCAUGCGCUUCUCCGUCUUCGACGCCGACGGCACCCUCAUGGCGACCAACGAGUUCUAUAGCGUCGGCGGCGGGUUUGUGAUCAAUGAGCAGACCCAGGUCGACGAGAAUCUGUACUACCGCGGCAUCCGCAAGGACGAGGUCAACCACGCGCGGCGCGACCAGACGCACGGCCUCCCGCCCGACGCCCUCCUCCACGUCGACGCCAAGGCGCUCCCGCCCGUGUCGGGCGACGAGGUGGCCGCCGUCUCCGCGACGGUUGAUGCGGGCAUGGGCUCGGCGCCGUUGCCGUACCUGUUCCGCAACGCGGCGGGCUUGAUCAAGCUCACGCAGAAGCACAACCUCACCAUCGCUCAACUAGUGUGGGAGAACGAGCGCUCGUACCUGUCCGACGCCGACAUCUCGCGCAAGCUCCUCGACCUGUGGCGCGUCAUGGACAGCAGCAUCCACGCCGGCGUGUCUUCAACCGAGGCGGUCCUUCCCGGUCGCCUGCAGGUUCGCCGCCGUGCACCACACCUGUACCGACGCCUGUUCAAGGGCUUCUACCCGUCGCUCAUUUCGCCACCCUCGCCCUCGUCCGCCUCGCUCCCUCCUCCUUCCGCCACCCAGCCUCUCACCCUCCAGCACGGCUUCAACUACUCGGCGUCGCCCAGCUCGCCCACCUCGUCGUCGAGCUCGGGCGCACCGCUCGUCACGGGCUCGUUCGACCACCCGUUGCCGCCGACGCCGAGAACAAAAGGCCAGUUCCCGGCCAUCGACUGGCUGAGCUGCUACGCCAUCGCCGUCAACGAGGUCAACGCGAGCGGUGGCAGGGUCGUCACGGCUCCGACCAAUGGCGCAGCCGGCGUGAUCCCGAGCGUGCUCAAGUACCUGUGCGAGUUCAUCUCGGACGACCCGGACCGCGACGUCAAGACGUUCCUCCUUACCUCGGCCGCGAUCGGCAUGCUGUACAAGCGCGGCGCGACCAUCUCGGCGGCCGAGGGCGGGUGCCAGGCCGAGGUCGGCGUCGCGAGCAGCAUGGCCGCCGGCGCGCUCGUCGCGUGCAUGGGCGGCACGCCGGCCCAGGUGUGCCAGGCCGCCGAGAUCGCCAUGGAACACUCGCUGGGCCUCACGUGCGACCCGGUCGACGGCUUGGUCCAGGUGCCUUGCAUCGAGCGCAACUCGCUCGGCGCCGUCAAGGCUGUCACGGCGGCGCAGCUCGCGCUCGCGGGCGAGGGCGUCCACUCGGUGUCGCUCGACGACGCGAUCGAGGCCAUGCGGGUCACGGCGCGCGACAUGCACAACGCGUACAAGGAGACGAGCCUGAGCGGCCUCGCGACGAGCGUCCGGAUCCCGGUCUCGAGUCCGGCGUGCUAGACGGGCGUCCAUAGACUCUUGUAGAAGCUUGUGUUGCAGUACAGACACUCGGUCAGUGCC